AUGCGGGGACUUAACGGGCUAACGCGCGCGGGCCUAAUGGGCACCGUGCUGAGCUUCAGCCCGCGCGAGCGGCGCCCGUCGGCAGCAGCGCCACCCGACCGCGCCGCACUCGCCUACUCCUACGAGCGUCUCAACAACGCCAAGAACCGCGAGAACCGGGACGCACCGCGCGACGACCGUCGUGCCACGCUCGAAGACGCCGCCAAGAUCAUCUCCGAAAAGACGGCCCUCGAGAAGAACCUCAAGAAGCACUCUCUGUUCAUUAACGCGCUCUCGUGGAAGAGGUUCUCCACAGCUAAUAACAAUAAAAAGAAGCUGGAAUGCAAGAGCAAAAGUGUGACAACGUUCCGCGCGCCAUUGGCAGACAAUGCGCCGUUGGACAGGAACAAGAAUGUGAGUAGUGGAGCCCCAUUCGUUCGGCCCGUGCCGGCACCAGCGCCGCCGGAAAUAGUGCGUGCGAACGCUCUCAACAACAAUGUGUGCGAGAAGCCACCGCCGGCGCGCAAGACCGUCAUCCAGGCCUCCACAUCGGAACUGCUAAAGUGUCUCGGCAUGUUCUUGCAUUCGCGAUGUCACCGCUUACGGGACUUUCAAGCGGGCGACGCCGUUAUGUGGCUGCGCACUGUGGACCGCUCGCUUCUGCUGCAGGGCUGGCAGGACGUGGCCUUCAUUAACCCAGCGAACGUGGUCUUCGUGUACAUGCUGGUCCGGGAGCUGGUCGACGGUGAAAGGAUAGCCCGUCCCCAGGAGCUCCAAGCCGUCGUUCUCACCUGCCUGUACCUGUCGUACUCCUACAUGGGGAAUGAGAUCUCUUACCCACUCAAACCAUUCCUCGUGGAGGACUCGAAAGAUAAAUUUUGGGACCGUUGCCUUCUCAUCGUAGACAGGCUAUCAUUUAACAUGCUAAGGAUUAACUCUGAGCCUGGGUUUUUCACUGAAGUGUUCACGGAACUCAAAGCUUGCGGGGUUGUCGAGAGUUCGACACCAGCUCCACCAGCGCCACCACAUCCCGCCCCACCACCACCUCAUCCCCUGUCGGCUGCCUGA